GUCUGUCCCUUUUUUUAUUAUUUUUUUUAUUUUCGAGAGAAAUGUGGAUGGGCAUCCAUGGUAAAUAAAACUGCCUGCAUUGCCCAUCUCAUGUCAUUGCAGAACAGUCUUGCCGCAUCUGCGUGCGAGUGAAAACCACCCUCAUUAAAAAAGUGCCAGUCCUCGGACGCACCAUAGCAACUUUCCAUUAUCAGUCUCGGAUGCCGGUGCACGAGUGACGAAAGGGUAGAAAGCAGACACGGGACGAGACAUAAACUUCAGAGGCAUCUCAUCCCAUCCUACCCUCUUCCAAUUCCCUUCGACACGCUCUGGCCAGCACGCACUUGAGGUCAUCCGUCCAUCCCAUCUUCCGGCGAAGGAUACCACAAAGAUACACACACCCAUACAUUCAUACAAACCUGCUUGACAGGGGCGCCUCUUCCACAACGGCACAGCCAAACCCGUUCAGCAAGAGGCUUUGUUUUAUUCGCUUCUCUUCCUGUCUUUCUACCGGUCAUACAAUACUUAUACACCUAUCUUCAUUCUUGCCGGCCACUCCCUCUUCAGAUUCACUGCCGUGUAUUCCUGUGCCGCCCCUAGCAGCAGGAUCGAACGCACAGUCGAACGGAAUCAAUGGCUCAUAUAGUCAACUGCAUGUUGGAGGCGGAUCAGGACCAUUUUAGCCAAAGCCAGUCUGCCAUAAUGCCUGGCUCUCCGGUAUCCCGAUCUGAAAUUCCGUUAGAGAAGCCUGACAAGGCAUACGUCUGGAGAAUGUACCAGCCAGAACGCAAAUAUCAGCUUUUCCCCCGGAAGGAGCAGCCGCAAGCUGCCCCAGGGAAGGGCCUUGACCCGGAGCAGGCCUUCGCCCUCGCCAUGAACCAGACCACCAACAGCGAAAAGUCUGAUAAGUCACCGCCUGGAAGCGGACUGAGGCUAAGGAUCAAAGAGCACAACCUGAACCGCCGGCGCAAAGUCAGCGUACCAGAGCUCGGCCCCAUGACCACAGUGCAGGAGGUUCCCAUGGAUUCUCCAACGAUUCCCGGCCGCCCACCCCUACACGAGAGGUCCAUCAGCGCUCCUGGACACAACUGGAAGCACCAUCACCUCGCAGAAGUUAUGAUCCCUACGCCGUCUCUUGUUGAGGAAGUCAUCGAGAUCGGCAGUAGCAGCGAGUCUGGAAGCCCAGCCAACAACCCCAAGAGCCGAUCGCCACUAUCGCCAAAAAGCCUGGCACCGCUAGUCAUUCCCACUCAAGGUGUCCCUGUACCAAGACUCAACCGCCAGAGGUCCCUGAAUCGCUCCCGAGCUGGCAGCACCCCGAUCGAGUCAGGCACCGCCCCUCGAUCAGCUAGAACGGACGAGUCUCCGGUGAUGCGCACGCCAUACACCCCCCUGUCAUCAAGUUUGACAACCCCGAGAUCAGCAUCGACCGUCCACACGAACUCGACACUGCCGACUCCUGUGACGGCCCCCAUCGAAUAUCGAGCCUCGCCGAAGCCAUGGGAGAGCUCAACUACGAUGACGCCUCUGACUGAGCUCAAAGAAACAACGUCAUUCCUCGACAUGAGCGCCACUCCCAAAGGCGCCUCCUCGACUACUAGCUCGACACCUGUUGCCUUCGCCGCCGAGACUCGACCUCCUGUUUAUCAUAAUGCCAAUGGACACAAGAGGAACCAAUCGGAAUCGUCAGGCAGCAUCAUGGAGCGGGGUCGUCCACGCAAGAGAUGCGACAUAGUACCCGGGGGUAUUGUCGUGGGCCGAUCUAUCUCCAAGAGGAGCAGGAGUGCUGACAGGCGGGCAUUUGAGAACCUGCCUCAAGGCUGGAAGUCAGUAGAAGCGCCCAACACCCUGCCACACAACGAGGCAGUUGCACUUCAGAAACAGGCGUUGCAGCAAGCUGCACGAUUCGAGGUCCUUAGGAAGGAGGACGUUGAGGCUCUGUCCAGGGAACUACGCCAAUUGGACGAGCGCACCGAGUAUCUCCGUCGCACUUACAACUCUCUUCGAGCUGGAAGACGCAACCUGCAUGCACGAAUCUGCCAGUAUCUGAGAUCGCCUCGCUUUGCCAAGUUUAGCCAUGACUCGAUGCUCAAGCAGGAGGAAGCGCUUGCCGAGCUCGACAACUCGAUCGACGAUUGGGUUGGCAAACUUGAGCAGGCCGAGAACAGGCGCACUCGAGUGCGGCAAAAGCUGCUUGAGCACGUUGCCGCCGCCGCCACGAUGCCCCUAAGCCCCGGCAGUGUGCAUGGUGUCAGCGAGAGCUUGCAAAUGGCAAUUGGAAUCAGAUCGCCUCACUACCUCGCAAACAACGGCGCGGGUAACAUAUCGACCCCUCCGAGGAGUCCAACGCGACAGCAAAUCUACAUCACUUCGGCCCAGCAAUCUCCUUCGCCGAAGCGCUUUGUGCCCUCUACCAUCAUGGAACAGCCACUUGGCGAGGAGACUGCUACCGCCGAGGAGGUUGAGGCACACCGCCGUGCUGUUGAGAGCAUUCGCGUGUAUGCCGGGGAUGAUGUCUAUGCACUAUUGGCAGACGUUGAGAACGAGUUCACAAAGAUGAGCACCAGCGAUGGCUCACCAGCUGAAAAGCAGGAGACACCUGAUGAAAAUCUGUCCGAGGAUGAGCUCCGUAACGUGCACCGUGCCCGCAGCCACGAAAUGCUUAAUAGCUUGUCCAAGAAGUCGUCGGACAACAGCAUUUCAAGCAUCAAGACCUCGUCACCUGUCCGCCCAAGCGCCGCCACGCUCAAGUCGCGGAGGUCCUCAAUUGCGCCAAAACUUACGCCCCUUCCCGCAGCCGAAGGGGAAAUCUUCCUCACCAGUGCUGUGUUCAAGCCUUGAUCUCGGGCAAAUGACAUUGCAAACUACCCACACAUCGCUCCACACUGUCAUACAGAACUCUGCCGCCCACCCUCACAGAGUCCUUACGAUAAGACGUUCAUUUAACGAUCCUCACGGCCGACCCAUUAUACAAUCAUUACAAGCAUUGUUCCUUGAAGCUGGUGCCAAUUUGCUGCAGUCCGCCAACUUUUUAUUUAUUCUAACAUUUUAUUCUUACGCGUUAUCCGCGUCUAUUUUCACUUCUAACCCCCCUUCAAGUCACUCAUUAUGGCUGGUCUGAUCUGCAAUCACCACCAAUCAACACGUUGAUUGCAAGGCACUUUUUAGCAUUUUUGAUUGCUAUUUAGCAUAGUUCUUUUUUUUUCGCCUGCUUUGCUUUUUUUUUCUUUUCUCUUUUGUCGAUCAAUUCAUUCUGUCUUCUGUCUACUAUUUUCCUUAUUGCUACUAUAUAUACAUCAUUCGGAAGCAAGCCCCCAGUUCCCAUUUCUGCAUGCGCAGCCAGGCCUUACACAGGGAUCUGGUGCGCCAGGAGUUGUUAAUUUCUUUGCGUCUUUUUAUGUUUUAAGUCUAUUCUGGAGUAGUUCGUCGGCGAUAAGGCUUGCGCAAGAGUCUUGGGUUACAGCGGAACCCAGUCUUUGGCUAGCUACAGACAAACAUUUGGUUCCUGUAUAAAGUUUCCUAAGAAAUGGAAGCUAAGAAUGAUGGAUUUCUGAAAGGGGAAUCUAUGACGUGGUUGAUGCUCGUGGCUGAAACAUGGGACUGGCAGGGGUUCCUGAUUAUUUCUGCAGCCGAGCUGGAUGGGGGAAGCAGAGUGGUGGCUAUGGCACACAAAUCUAUUAUAGGAUGAGGCUGAGGAUGGAAGCUAGCCUUGACCUUGCCUAUUACUUUGUAUUUGUCCUCUACAUACGGUGCGCUUUUGAUACCCAAAUAUAAGUAAUGCAACAGAUGACACCUGUCAGACUAAGUUUAGAAUUGAUGCUUGAUAUGUGAUAAUGCCUUGGA